AUGUACUCCAAGCUAUCCAUUUCUUUUGGCCUUUUGGCCACCGCGGCGCUGGCCCUUGCCGACUCGACCGUUUACCUGAUCCGCCACGGCGAAAAGCCCAGCGACGGCGCCACCGGCCUCAGCUCCGUGGGCUCGGAACGCGCCCAGUGCUUGAAAACAGUUUUUGGUCCGGAUUCCGACUACAACAUCGGAUACAUAAUCGCCGAGCAACCCAAAUCAGAUGGCAAGCGGGAUCGUCCCUAUGAGACGGUCCUCCCCCUCGCCGAGGAGCUGGGACUCACCAUCGAUACUUCUUGCACCAAGGCCGACGCCAAGUGUGUCAAGAAAUUGGUCAAGCACUACUCCGGCAGCGGCAACAUCUUGAUCUGCUGGGAGCACGGAGAGUUAACCAGCAUUGUCGAGGAGUUGGGCGACGAUAACGCGCCCACCUACCCAUCUGACCGGUUCGAUCUCAUCUGGACCGAUCCUUCGCCGUACACCGACAUUACCGACAUCACGAGCGAGGAUUGCCCGGGCCUGGACGACUGA